GACUAUCGACAGUUGCCCACCAUUAGGAAACAGAAAGCUAAAAAAAAAAAUGCAAAAAUUGGCCAGAAUUUCGGCAUAAAUAAUAGUAUCCCUUGCAAAACUUGCAAGCUGCGUGGCAGGACGAGCAGCUGACCACCAGAUCGUCUUGAGGAUUCAACAUCAGGAACAAAGGUUUCACAUUGGACGCAUUUGCAAAAACCGAAAGGGAAAACUGCCAACUCCCACACACAAAAAAAAAGGAAAAAAAAAAUCAUCAGCACGGAAAGUAAAAGGUCAAGUGGUCAACCGAAAUCUGGGUAAUCCGGGGGAAUCUUUGCAAGAAUGCAGCAGAACUCGGCCAGCAAUCCCUUCGCCAUGUCCACAUAUGUGGAGCGGCCCCAAAUGGGACUGGACGUCGAAUUCGGAGCGGAUCCUGCCAGCGGAGCAGCUUUCUUCCAAUCCGAUGGACGCAAGCAUGAUGAUCUCAAGCAAAUGUUGGACAGCAACAAGGAUGGACUAAAGCUGGAGGCCAUGAAGCGCAUCAUUGGCAUGAUUGCCCGCGGACGGGAUGCCAGUGAUCUGUUCCCGGCAGUCGUCAAGAAUGUGGUGUCCAAGAAUAUCGAGGUCAAGAAGUUGGUCUACGUCUAUUUGGUGCGAUACGCCGAGGAGCAGCAGGACUUGGCCCUGCUAUCCAUUUCCACAUUUCAGAGGGCGCUCAAGGAUCCCAAUCAACUUAUUCGCGCCUCGGCUCUGCGAGUGUUAUCCUCCAUAAGGGUCAGCAUGAUUGUGCCAAUCGUAAUGCUGGCCAUUCGGGAUAGCGCCGCCGAUUUGAGUCCAUAUGUGCGGAAAACAGCGGCACAUGCCAUCCCCAAGUUGUAUUCUCUGGACGCGGAUCAAAAGGAUGAACUGGUCAUGGUCAUUGAGAAGCUUUUAUCGGAUCGCACUACUCUAGUGGUGGGAUCAGCGGUGAUGGCCUUCGACGAGGUUUGUCCGGAACGUGUAGAUUUGAUACACAAGAACUACCGCAAGCUGUGCAAUUUCCUGCUGGAUGUGGACGAAUGGGGUCAGGUGAUCAUCAUUAAUAUGUUGACCCGCUAUGCGCGCACUCAGUUCGUUGAUCCCAAUGCGGAUGAUGAGGAUCUGGUCAACGAUGGCCUGGGCGAAACGCCCGUUAGUGAACGCUUCUACGACGAAUCCUCGCACUCCUCUUCCCACAGCGAUGAUGGCAGUAGCGAUGACGAAAAAAACAAGUCGAGUACGAACAAUAAAAACAAUGGCGGAGGAAAUGGCAGUAGAACACCCAGUUCUCCGAGCAACAGCUACCACAUCGAUGUGGAUCACCGCCUGCUGUUGAGGCAAACGAAACCAUUGCUCCAAUCGCGAAAUGCCUCCGUGGUGAUGGCAGUGGCGCAGCUCUAUCAUCAUGUGGCUCCCAAGAACGAAGUGCAAUUGAUUGCCAAGGCGCUGAUACGACUGCUGCGAUCGCAUAAGGAGGUUCAGAGCGUGGUCCUCAAUUGCAUUGCCUCGAUGUCCACCAAACGAAAGGCGAUCUUUGAGCCGCACCUCAAGUCGUUCUUUGUGCGCACCAGCGAUCCCACGCACAUAAAGCUUCUCAAGCUGGAUAUUCUCACCAAUCUGGCCUCGGCGGGCAGUAUUUCGCUCAUUCUGCGCGAAUUUCAAACCUACAUCUCCAGCAGCGAUCGUUCGUUUGUGGCGGCCACGAUUCAGGCCAUUGGACGAUGUGCAUCUAGCAUUAAGGAGGUUACCGAGACCUGCUUGAGUGGCCUGGUUCAUCUGCUGUCCAAUCAUGACGAACACGUGGUGGCCGAGAGCGUGGUGGUGAUUAAGCGUCUUCUGCAAACGAAAGCCGCCGAGCACUUUGAGAUUAUCACCCAAAUGGCCAAACUGAUCGAUUAUAUCAAUGUGCCCGCAGCUAGGGCAGCCAUCAUUUGGCUUAUAGGCGAAUACAACGAGAAGGUGCCGCUGAUUGCCCCGGAUGUGCUGCGCAAAAUGGCCAAAUCGUUUGUCGAUGAGCAGGAUGUGGUGAAGCUGCAGGUCCUAAACUUAGGCGUUAAGCUCUAUCUGACCAAUCCGGAGCAGACAUCGUUGCUGUGUCAGUACGUCUUUACGCUGGCUCGCUAUGAUCCCAACUACGAUGUACGCGAUCGUGCCCGUUUUCUGCGGCAAAUCAUCUUUCCGGCGAGCGGAACGAGCUCGGUGCUCAGCCAGCAUGCCCGCCAAGUAUUUCUCGCCAGCAAACCGGCUCCGGUGCCGGAGAGUAAAUACCGGGAUGGCAAUAACUUCCAGUUAGGAUCGUUGUCUCACUACCUGAACAUGCCAGCGGCUGGCUACAAGGAACUGCCCGCCUUUCCGGUGAUUCCACCGGAUUCAUCGGUACGCAAUAUAGCUGGAUUUAUGCAGGACAAGCUGCCGGGUGAAGACUCGCCAUCCGGACAUUCAAAGGAUAAAUCCGGCCGUGAAGGCGGUAAGGAAAAGGGUGCUGGUGGCGAGAAGGGCUUCCUCUCUGAGUCGGACGACAAGUCUUCCGCUUACUCGGAAUCAGGCAGCAGCAGUGGCAGUGGCACCAGCGACAGUGAAUCCGAUAGCGAUGGCAGCGGGAGCAGCGAUGAGGAGGAGGAGGAGGUGCAAAAGCAGCAGCCGACCAAGGUUUCCUCGGUGAAGGAGCGGCUUAUCGAUGCUGGAAGCAAUGAGCUGGCCGCUACUUCUUCGCCUGUAAAAGCAACUAUAAACAACAAUAACAAUGCGAGAGGUUCGUCAGGAACAUCGGACAGCGAGGAUUCAUCAGCGUACAGUGGCAGUAGUAGUGAUGACAGCGCUUCCGGUAGCGAUAAUGAAGUGAAAAAGAACGAAACGAAAACGGACACAGGCACAAAGCCGGAGAAGUUGAAAGAGAAGCACGAGAAACAGCCGGAGCAAACGGCUGUCAAGAGCAAUCUGGACCUGCUACUCGAUCUGGAUGACAUUCCGCCCAUUGGUCCCGUGAUGACGCCCUCGUUGGGAGGAUUCCUGACGCCUGGCACACCAAUGAUGGCUGGACAGGCGGCGCCACUGCAGCCGCAGCACGCCCGCAAUCGGGUGGAAUUGGUGGGUCCCUCGCACAUCGAGUUCAAGCACAAGGAGCUGCUUAACAAGGUCAGUGGCCAUGGACUGCAUUUGGCCUACCGUUUCACCCGCUCCCCGCAUCUGUACUCCUCGAGCAUGUGCUCCAUUGAGCUGCAGUUCCAGAAUCGUGGCGAAAAAGAGAUUACGGCCAUUCGUCUCGGGCAAACAACUCUGCCGGCGGGCAUGCAAUUGAAUGAGUUUGCGCCAAUCACUGUUCUCCAGCCCCAACAAACAGCGAGUGGUGUGCUGGGCGUCGAUUUCAAUGAUUCGACGCAUGCUGUAGACCUGGAGCUUCUGUCAAGUGCGGGCAGUUCACGACUGCAAUUGAAACCGCCGGUGGGCGAGCUGGUGAGAUCCGUCCAGAUCGGCGAGAGCUGUCAUCGCGAGGAGCGGGCCAAGCUGCGUGGAAUGAAUGAGCAUCAGUGCGAGUUGCGUGGCCUGAGGCAGGACCUAAUCGAUGUGGUCGCAUUGCGGCAAAAGGUUUUCGAGUCCAUCAACGUGGCGCAUACGCACAGCUCUUCCAGCGGUCAGCUACACUGUUUCGCCGGCCAAACCCUGAGCUCCAAAAGCCUCGUGCUACUCACCCUCGAUUGGAAAACAGAGGAUGCCCUCACGCUGCUGGUAAACUGCGAGAAAAUGGUCAUUGGAUCCAUGGUGCUCAACGAGCUGCGCAAUGCUCUGCAGCUCAGUUUCGCCAUGUGAGCGAUGGACACGAAAGCGAACAAGACGAAAGCGAGCAGCGAACUAACUUGAGGAGUGGAAUCCCCUGGAGCAGGGCUACUCAACUGAGAAUAAGGCAAAGCCGCCUCACUACGUAAACAUAGCAUUCAUAUUUAGCUAUACACUUGUAAACGGGCGGGGAGAACGUAAUCUUUGAAAUUAGCUGAUAACAUUAGCUGAGAUUACAGGUGUUUUAAAUUCCAUUUUCGAGAGAUUAUAUGUAAAUGUGCAGUGUAACAGAUGCAACUUAAGUGUUCAAGUGGGAUCGAAAUCCAAAACUAAUUUAAAUUGCAAUUUCAACUGUAAUUAUUACAUAUUCUUUAACUUGUUGAAAACUGAAUGAAAAGUGAUGCAAACUAUUGUGUAAAUGCUACAAAACUAUAUUUAUUGUUAUACACAUUCGCAAAUUCUUAAUGAAACUUAUUGAAAUGGGAAACACACAACUUCCUAUAUAUUUGUAUCCGCUUAUACUGAGAUAUUUUGCAUAAAAGAGUCACCAUUUCCUUUUAUGAAUGGAUGAACACAACAUGAGAUUAGUGUAGCUUUCAUAUCCAAAUCGAAAAUUAUUCAAGGAUUACCAACCGCCCCGCCCAAAUAUAAAUGAAACAUGAUCCUAACGCUUUUAAUAUUCCUAUAUACAAACUGCAACCACAAACAAUUCCAGAUGAAAUGAGAUGUUACAAUUGAUUGAACUCGAAUCGUUGCCGAUCCAAACAAAUCCUAUCCUCCAAUCCAUCCUACUUAGCUAGGCGUGUGUGUAAUGUGUGUAUGAGUAAUCGAAACGUAUUUGUAAAGUGUUUGAUGUUGUAAAUCUGUUGCCUUCGUGCUCUAUGCGGCCUUCUUCAAAACGUAGCAAAGACAAACGAAUAUCGAAUCUAUAUAUUAUAUAUUAUAUUCAUACAAUAAACAGCGCAAAUUCUGGCAAAUUAAAGUGAACAAAUGAAACGUAUUCUAAUAAAGAAACAAAUCAAUCUGUUAAUAUGCCUGAAAC